AUGUCUGAUGAUGAACAGUCACAUGACAAGAUGCUGGAAUUGGGAUUUCCUCCAGAGUUGGACGUCGAAGAUGUGCUAGAUUUGGGGUUUGAUAUUGAUGUCAGUGAUCCAACUGGAAACACAGAUGGGGUUCUGGAGAUGGGGUUUGAUAUUGAUGUUAGUGAUCCGGCCAGACACACAUAUGGGGCACUGGAGAUGGGCUUUGACACCAAUGAUAUCACGCUGGAUGAAAGCCUCUGGAGAUGGGUUUUGAUAUGGAUCCGGCGCAUUUUGACCUGGAUCGAUCUUUUGCUGUCAUUCGACCUGGAUCCCAUUAGAUUUGUAAUUCAAUGGGCUGUAGGCGAUUUGCAGAUUGCAAUGCACCAGUUGGACAUGGACUGGGUGGGUGAUGCAAUGUCGCCGGACGAGGCCAUUGCAAGACAGCAAGUUCUUGACAGCACACAAGAGUUGUUGCUGGCAUGUCAACUAAUAUCCAUAUCUCGACUUGCAACAUGA